AUUUUCUUCACCCAAAACAUCGAGUUUCACGGAUUUUAAAACCACGGAAAUUUUAUCGUUUCCGAGAACGGCCCAAAACAACUUACUACCAUUGCCAUUGCUGGUGUGGCUUCGCGAAUUUUGUGUGAUCAAAGGAGUCAACUGUUCGAGAGAUUCAAAUUUAAUGAACUUUAGUGGAUCCGACCGGCCGUCUUCAAAUAACCCGAUUUCAGAAGGGGAGCUCAUUUCCAUUUUAUACCUAGUGGUAUCACAAAUUCGCACUGAACAAUUGGAAGUCGGUCCCUCGUUGAUGCGAGGGAAAUCUUUACCACGAACCGAAACCGUUAUGACGAAUUUAACGAAAUUGCGCGAUACACAUGUACGGCUGUAUGUAAAUGCGAAGUUUGGGGUGCAUAUUUGCUUACACAGGGGUGCCUUCGCAUAUUCAGAACAAGACAUUGUAUACAUGGCAGAACAAUUGAGUUGCUGUCGAGGUAUGCACCCUGGUAAAAAUCGAAAGUCAAGGGGAGUGUUUCACAUUCAAGUCAUAUUUCAAGGCCUUAAGAAGUCAUUCUGGGCAGCUUAUAUAUCUGACCUGGUCCAGAGGAAAAAAAAUACGAGCCAGGGGAAUGUCAAGGCUUGCGGAUAUGUUUGUGUGCCCGGCAU